AUGCGGAUUUUCUUACUCAACUAUAACAGUCGAGAACGUUACACCUACGAAAGAUUGAUGAUCGAACUGGCUUGUGCAUCGGCCGGCACCGCUAUCAAUGCAGCAUGUCGAGCAAUCGCGACUGGCGAAUGCACAAGCGCCGUCGUUGGGGGAGUGAAUAUCUUCAACAGACCCGAAACCUUCCAGGACCUCGCCGCCGGCCAUUUCACCAGCCAAACCGGCGCAUGUAAAUCUUUUGACGCUGCGGCCGAUGGCUAUUGCCGUGGCGAGGGAGCAGCCAUGGUGGUCCUUAAGAAACUUACGACCGCAGUUCGGGACCGCGACAACAUCAUGGCUGUCAUUGCUGCUACGGGCGUGAGCCAGAACGCCAACGAGACUCAUAUCACAGUUCCGCAUGGACCGUCACAAAUGGCGCUGUACCGCAAAGCCCUGCGGCUGUCAGGUCUGAAUGCUCACGACAUCGACUUUGUCGAAGCGCAUGGCAGCGGCACACCGGUUGGGGACCCGAUCGAGGCUAAUAGCAUCAGUACCGUGUUUGGCGGUGCUAACCGUGCGGAAAUACUCUACAUGGAGUGCCUUCUCGCAUCCACAGUCGAGCUGUCAUCCCUAAAACGAAAGAGACUAGACGUCACUAAUGCCUUUCAUUCAGCUUUGACUGAGCCUCUGCUGUCUAGUGUGGGAGAAUUGGCAGAGCAGCUCAAUUUUCGCGACCCUUUAAUUCCCCUCGAAACGUGCUCUAAAGGUCAUAGCUGGCAGACAGCGACACCAAAACUUGUGGUUGCGCACACGAGAGAGCCGGUGUUCUUCACUCAGGCCGUGAGGAGGAUUACCACACAAUUUGGGCCUUGCACAUGGCUAGAAGCAGGAACAGGAUCCGGAAUGCCGGCCAUGGUGCGCCGUGCCCUAGGACCGGCCGCUUCUUCUCAUCAUAUUCAGUCUCUGAACCUGGGAUCUUCAGAUCCUCUCGAUUCCCUAGCUCGGGCGACUGUAGACCUAUGGAAGUUAGGCCACCGGUUGCAAUAUUGGUCCUUCCACAGCAGCCAACGGCAUGAGUACAGAAGUCUAAACCUUCCGCCUUACCAAUUCGACAAGCCACGCCAUUGGUUAGAGUGGAAACAACUCGGACAACAACCUGUCGAGUCGUUGUCUAUAGGUCCCACGGCACCUACCGAGCGGGUUCUGGUUUCUCUGACUAAGAAGAAUGCUAAUGGUGCCGAGUUCAUAAUUGAUUCACGGUCUCGGGAGUGGCAGUUACUCGUUACGAGUUAUGUGGUUUUAGGCAUGCCGAUGUGCCCGCCGUCAUUGUAUAUCGAGUUUGUGACUCGGGCUGCUGCGAUGCUACAGGAGAGUCCUGCUCUGGAAGGCUCUCCUGCUCUAGAAGACAUGGUUUUUCAUAUUCCGCUUAGAGGGGACCUAGACCAGAAUAUUUCAAUUACACUCGAGAGUAUGAGAGUUCCUUGCUCAUGGAAGUUCUCGGUCGACAGUCAAGCCACCCACGAUUCAAAAGCGACCCACUAUUCCUCAGGGCUAGUUUCAUUUGUCGAGGCCGACGAUCGAAAAGUGAAGGCCAAAUUCUCCCGUUACCAGCGGUUGAUGAGCAUCGCUCACACCAAAGAGCUCAUUGGCGACUUGAGCGCAGAGUCCCUCCGAGGAAAGUCGGUCCAUAGGAGUCUUUCCGGAUUAAUUCAAAUAGGAGAAUUGUACCAGGGAUUAAAAGCGGUUUCUGCCAAAGACGCCGAAGCUACUGGUCAAAUUGUACUACCCCCGAACGAUAUCAUGAGAGAUUUCGUAACGAAUCCUGUGGCGACUGAUAAUUUUGUCCAGGUCGCAUCGCUGCACUUCAACAGCUUAGGAGACCGCACAGAUAACGAGCUGUUUGUGAACACGGCUCUGGGGCGCGUUCAAGCAGCCCCUGUCACCAACAUUUCAACGACGGAGAGCACCUCGUGGAUUGUCUACUCAAACUCAGCAGACACUGGAGACACGGAAUUCACCAGCGACAUUUAUGUCUUCAAUCCCCAUAGCAGCCAGCUGUCCAUGAUCCUCCUGGGCGCCAAGUUCACGAAGGUAGCGAUUAGCUCUCUUCGCCAAAUGCUUUUACAGGGUCUUGGAGAGCAGAAACAGGUUGCUGUAGCGCAGGAGAACAAAGUCAGCGCAGAACCCAUUGAGAUUUUCAAACCUGAGCCAGUGAGGAUCCAAACCGUGCCCAAGAGGACGCCAAGUGCUGGAUCUGAGGCGGAUACAGAAUUAGACGAUCUACCAAACCUAGACAAAGCCCUAUACGAGUUGCUUUCUAGAGUGGCUGAUGUCGACACUGACGAGAUCAGCAACAACACCCUGAUUUUAGACAUGGGCAUGGCUUCCAAGACAAGCAAAUUCUCCCGAGCAAACACAGGGUCUACAGCCGCCUUAUCUAGCAAUUCGGACAUCACGAGAUCAGAGUCGGCCGCGCAGAGCACUGGACCAACGAACCCACCCGAGACUGGGCCCGGCUCUGGUGAAAAAUUAGAUUCAAUCACAAUUCCCUCACUCAAGUCGGCCGAAAAUGUCAUCGAGGAAUCUCAGGGUUCAAGAGCCGCUCAAAUUUGGCCGAGUAGUUGCGAGAGGUUCUGGACAACAGCAUAUCCUCCUCAGGCAGAGUUAGUGACUGCGUAUGUUAUCGAGGCGCUUGCUAAACUCGGAUGCGACCUUAGGUCAAUCACGACGGACCAGGUGGUGCCAGAGAUCCAACACCUAGCCAGACAUAAUAGAUUGGUAAACCAGCUAAUGAACGUGCUGAGAGAUGCCGGUCUUGUGGUCCGAGUAAAGACAGGCGGAAAAAGCAGGGAGUCGAGUACGUUCCGUAUCUUCCUAGCAUAUCAAUCCGUACCAGAAAACCUACCAAAUGAACCAAAGUUAUGGCCGUGGGUGGUGGAGACGGUCAGCUUCAAGGAAACAGGGCAGAACUUGCUCUACGCCGACGUUAAUAUUCCCGAUCAGCUCGAGAAAACUGGAAAAAAGAGACCUAUAGCGUUACUGAUCCACGGUGGUGGCUUUAUGUUGUCCAGUCGCAAAGAUGUUCCUCCUGCUCAGAUUAAGCUCCUUAUUGAGAAAGGAGUUAUUCCAGUGAGCGUCGACUAUCGGCGCGGCCCCGAACUCAACAUCCUGGACGGUGCAAUGACAGAUGUGUGCGAUGCCCUUAGAUGGGCACGUCUUGAACUCUCCAACCUGCAGCUCCCACAGUCCAAUCUUUGUUUGGACGGUAGCCAGGCCGUCGCCGUCGGAUGGUCCACUGGGGGACAUCUUGCGAUGACACUUGCGUGGACAGCACCGGCGCUUGCACUUAAGUCCCCUGAUGCGGUAUUGACCUUUUUUACGCUCCAUCAAACUUCGAAGAUGAAUAUCACCACAUACAAACUAAACACCGAAUCGCGACUCUUACUCCCCGACCCCCGCUCUCGGAUCGUCAUGCACAUGAACCGAGAAGUCCAGGUGGUCCCUAUCCUUCGAUACGGCCUACCAUCUAUAUUCUGCGCAUCGACAUCCGAGGCGGCGCUCUCUCAUGAACUGCCCAUGCCGUCGGCUGAGGAGGUCGCGGGGAUCAGCCCGCUAGCACAGACCCAACGAGGAGAGUAUCGCAUGCCGACAUUCAUGCUGCAUGGAGCAGCGGACGGAUCGGUUCCAAUUGCACAGAGCAAAUGA